CCUGUGACUGAAGCAAAGACAAAAACACAUUGUUAGAAGCGUGAAGCUGCAGAACAUGAAUGUGUGUAUGUGUGUGUGUGUGUGUGUGUGUGUGUGUGUGUGUGUGUGUGUGUGUGUGUGUGUGUGUGUGUGUGUGUGUGUGUGUGUGUGUGUGUGCUGGUCUUUAUCACGUCAUGGGGACAUCAAUCUGUAAACACAGUCACCUCAUGGGGACCUCUUGCAGUGUGGGGACAAAAAAGCAGGUCCCCAUAAGGAUAACCCAUUACAAUGAAUACAGGAACUUUUUCUAAAGGUGCCUGUGUGGUUUUUAGCCAUGGCCCAUAACACACGUUUACCGGUAGUUGUGUGAGUGUUUGGGAGGGUGCCAAGUUGCGCCCCUAAAGGUUUGCGGCUGCAAGUGCACUCACUGCGCCAAACACGGAUUCCAAAUAUGGUUGGGUACCGCCCACUUCCAGGUAGGUUCCCGCCGCUAGCAGGAACUGUGCCUAACUGUUCGCUGGUCUGGUAAAUUGCUUGGAGCUCAUUAAGGAUUGAUACGGCGAUUUAAGGAGAUAAUGACAGAAGAGCUUUUUCUAAGGAGCCAAGGGGAAACACACGUUGGAAAUGGCUCCACGCAUCAGUCCCCUUAAAGAUGCCAGGAAACAUGUGAUUGCAAAGACGGACAAAACUUGCAUGUUGAAUGUGCAGUACAUCAAUGCAUUGAAAGGUCGUGGUGUAUUUGCAAAGGGUUCCAUUUCUCAAGGAGAUUUCGUUCUCGAAUACAGGGGAGACAGGAUUCCUGUUGUUGAAGCCCAGAGAAGGAGGCUGAUAUACCACGAAUCAUGUACUGCAUUUCUUUUCAUGUUUAGGUGGAGAGGGAAAACAUGGUGUAUCGAUGCCGCCAGAGAUGACGGUUCACUUGGGCGCCUCGUUAACGACGAACACAGGCGUCCAAACUGUAAAAUGAAAAAUAUUGAUGUCAAUGGAUGCCCACAUCUUUGUUUGUUUGCCCUUAUGGACAUAAAACAAGGAGAAGAAAUUUCAUACGAUUAUGGAGGUGAAGACUGCCCAUGGAGAACAGAAACGACCACAGUUGGACCAAAUGCACUGCUGGUAGAAGAUUUGCAUACUGUUGUCCUGGCAAAUACCGAAGUGGGUGAUGCUACUCAUCCAAACAUCGCUCAACAGAUGACCACAGUUGGAGACGAUGCCCUGCUAGAUGGGGGCUCGAAGCCUGUCCUUUCAAACACCGAAGGGGAUGAUGAUGCUACUCGUCCGAUAAUCACUAAACAGAUGACCACAGUUGGAGACGAUGCCCUGCUAGAUGGGGGCUCGAAGCCUGUCCUUUCAAACACCGAAGGGGAUGAUGAUGCUACUCGUCCGAUAAUCACUAAACAGAUGACCACAGUUGGAGACGAUGCCCUGCUAGAUGUGGGCUCGAAGCCUGUCCUUUCAAACACCGAAGGGGAUGAUGAUGCUACUCGUCCGAUAAUCACAAAACAGUCAGUGUUUGGCUAG